GGAAGUUGUCUGACCUGCUCCAAACUCAUGAUUGCAUUAGUACAUCAGAUAAGUGACAAGUGGCGGAAGUAUGAGCUUUUUGUCUCUCUGUGUCUCUCUCUCUGUCGCGUUCUGAAAUAUUUCUCUUCUGUUUAUCGCUCGAACGAAUGGACAGCGUUUGUUCUGAAUAAUUGAGACUAUCGUUGGGGCCGGGAGCUGAUCCCAUUAGGAGGUAUGGGAAAUGAACGGUCCGGCCACUAAGACCCAGCGGAACCAGCUGCAAGCACACGGCCUGACGCAGCAGUGUGAAUAAGAGCAGUGCGUGGGGAGAGCAUCAUCUGGAGCAAAGUCUCAUCGUGCCGGGAGCAACAAUUUAAAACCCCAAGGUUGUGACCUGAACCAUGGGAGUCGUUGUACAAGAUGAUAAGCCAGCAGGAGUCAAGGCCCCAGAUGGAGGCUGGGGCUGGGCCGUUCUCAUUGGAUGUUUUGUCAUCACUGGAUUCUCAUAUGCUUUUCCAAAAGCUGUUAGUGUUUUCUUCAAGGAGUUGAUUAAAGAGUUCCACAUUGGGUACAGUGACACGGCUUGGAUCUCUUCCAUUCUUCUUGCUAUGUUAUAUGGAACAGGGCCUUUGUGCAGUAUUCUGGUGAAUCGCUUUGGCUGUCGUCCUGUUAUGAUGGUAGGAGGCCUGUUUGCAUCAGGAGGUAUGAUACUCGCCUCACUGUGCACCAGCAUCAUCCAGCUCUAUUUAACUGCUGGCGUUAUCACUGGUCUUGGUCUGGCAUUGAACUUUCAACCAUCUCUCAUCAUGGUAAACCUUUAUUUUGACAAGCGUCGCCCAUUGGCAAAUGGCUUGUCUGCAGCUGGGAGCCCCGUGUUCCUGUGUUGCCUCUCUCCAUUGGGUCAGAUCCUGUCUAAAGUUUAUGGAUGGCGAGGAGGUUUCCUCAUUCUUGGGGGUCUACUGCUGAACUGCUGUGCCUGUGCAGCCCUGAUGAGACCCCUGAAACCAAGCCGUAAAGAAAAGGAAAUGAUAGAACAAGCAAAGAAAACAGAGAAGCAGAAGAAGAAAAAGAAACUUCUGGAUUUCACUGUCUUUAAGGAUCGAGGCUUCCUAAUAUACACAGUAGCAGCUUCCAUCAUGGUCUUCGGUCUCUUUGUUCCUCCCGUGUUCAUAGUUAACUAUGCAAAAGAUACAGGAGUGCCAGACACAGAUGCUGCUUUCUUGUUGUCUAUCUUGGGUUUUGUUGAUAUAUUUGCUCGACCUCUUAGUGGUAUCGUUGCUGGGUUGAAGGUCGUUCGGCCUCGCUGUGUGUAUCUUUUCAGCUUUGCUAUGAUUUUCAAUGGAAUUACCGAUCUAGGAGGCUCCUUUGCUCGUGAUUAUGUUGGUCUGACAGUGUUUUGCAUUUUCUUUGGAAUGUCCUAUGGAAUGGUCGGUGCGCUGCAGUUUGAGGUCUUGAUGGCGAUCGUUGGAACUGAGAAGUUUGCCAGUGCCAUUGGACUUGUAUUGCUGAUUGAAGCCAUGGCAGUCUUGGUUGGUCCUCCAGGAGCAGGAAAAUUGUUUGAUGCCACCAAGAAUUUCACGUAUGUUUUCUAUUUGGCUGGGUGUGAAGUAGUCCUGUCUGCCAUUGUACUGGCUCUUGGAAACUUCUUUUGUUUACGUAAAAGUAAACCUGAGUCACCUGUAAAAGAACAAAAGGAAAAUGUGGAAGAAGGGGAAGGACCAAAGGAACCAGAAGCAGUGGAUUCCAUAGAGGUGGAGCAAUUCUUAAAAGAUGAGACUGGAAAAAAUGGUGAAAUUGUACCCACACCAGAAACGAGUGUAUGAAGUUUUCAGUGAAGGAAGAAACAGAAUGUUUACAAAAGGUCAAGAGAAACAAGUUUGUGUAUUUAUUUAGAAAUGUGAGGAAUCUCCAUGUUUAAUGGUAAGAGUAGUCUAUUGUGCAGAAUAGUUUUGUGAUUUGUGUUUUUGUUUAAAUUGCUGCCUUGCAUUCGUCAUUCAUGUGUGUCUUUCACAAAGGUUUUUUUCAAUGUAAAGGUAUCUGUUGAAAUUGUAGAGAUGCUUUAAGGACAUUCUGAAAAAUCAAAUCUACAGAUUGGAAUUCCAUAAAAUAGGAAGGAGGUAGGUUGCACAAAGCAAUUUCAGCUAACAACACAAUUAAUGACAACAGUACAUCUGCAGUAUGGCUCACAGUAUUGGUCACAAACGCUGGUUUCCAUAACUUAUAGGAGUGGCAGAUACACACUCAGUGAAGCAGCAAGUGUUAAAAAUUUUCCAGAAGAGAACGUCAACACCUGCAUUGGCUUUAGCUCCAUGUUAAUAUUACUUCUGAGUUUUAAAUGCAGACUUCUAUUGUCUAAAUUUAAUAACAAUUAAGAAAGUAGCCAAGUUGCUAGUAUGUAGUGAACUUAAAAGGUUAUGAAUAAAAACAAAGACUUUUUUUUUCCAAACUUGGUAGUUGUUGAUAUUGGCCUGAUGCCAAUUGAUCCAACUGUGAUUCAAAUAAUUUCAUACACAAAGCUGACACCUCGUACUGCAAAAUGAAACUGACCUGUGAAGACUUUUUAAUUCCAGUUAUAUUUUUCCUAGUGUAUUAAAACAAUCAUUCUGUUUCUUACCAAA